AUGGCAGCUCCAUUGAACAUAGAGGCUGCUGAUGGCUGUAGUUCAGAAGGAAGCAAUGGAAAGUGUUGUACAAAAGUCAUGGAUUUCGCAGAGGCUAAGGUUCAGAUCUUGUUUGCAGUCCCAAUGGUUUUAUCCAAUGUUUUUUACUUCUCAAUCACUAUGGUUUCCGUCAUGUUUGCUGGCCACCUUGGUGAUGUCGAGCUUGCUGGUUCAACUCUUGCCAAUUCAUGGACCACUGUCACUGGUUUUGCUUUCAUGACAGGUUUGAGUGGAGCGUUGGAGACUCUUUGUGGUCAAGGUUUCGGUGCAAAAAUGUACAGAAUGCUGGGGAUUUACCUUCAAGCUUCCUGCAUUAUUUCUUUCUUCUUCUCCGUCAUCAUAUCCAUUUUGUGGUUCUUCACUGAACCAAUCCUUGUCUUGCUUCAUCAAGACCCUGAAAUCUCAAGAAUGGCGGCUCUUUACAUGAAGUAUCUGAUACCUGGUUUGUUUGCUUAUGGUUUUCUGCAAAACAUACUGAGGUUUCUUCAAACACAAAGCAUUGUAGUACCUUUGGUCGUGUUCUCCGUCAUUCCAUUGGGUAUCCAUUUCGGGGUUGUUUAUGGUUUGGUAAAUAAGACAAGCCUUGGUUUCAAAGGUGCUCCCAUGGCGGCUUCCAUUUCGAUGUGGAUAUCGUUUCUUUCUUUAGUCAUGUAUGUCGUUUUGGCCGAUAAAUUUAAGAGCACAUGGAAAGGAUUGUCUUUUGAAUCAUUUCGCUACAUCAUAAAGAACUCCAAAUUAGCCAUUCCUUCUGCAGCAAUGGUUUGUUUGGAAUUCUGGGCUUUUGAGAUACUUGUGUUCUUAGCUGGUUUGAUGCCAAAUCCAGAAAUAUCAACUUCAUUGAUUGCAAUAUGUGUAAAUACAGAAAACAUUGCAUACAUGAUCACAUAUGGCCUUAGUGCUGCAGCAAGCACAAGAGUGUCAAAUGAAUUGGGAGCUGGAAAUCCAAACCGGGCAAAGCAAGCGAUAAAAGUGACGCUCAAGCUGUCGAUCCUUCUGGCUCUUGUAGUUGUUCUAACUUUAGCUUCGGGCCGCCAUAUUUGGGCUGGUUUCUUUAGCGACAGCCAUUUAAUAAUCAAGAAAUUUUCACAGAUGACACCAUUACUCACCAUAUCAAUAGUUAUCGAUGCCAUACAAGGCGUCUUAUCAGGGGUUGCAAGGGGAAGUGGUUGGCAAAACAUAGCAGUAUUAGCUAAUUUGGGGACGUUCUACUUUAUCGGCAUGCCAAUUGCGAUCCUUCUUGGGUUUAAGUUUAAGCUCCAUGUUAAGGGUUUGUGGAUCGGCCUAAUAUGUGGUCUAUUCUGUCAAGCUUGCACUCUUAUGCUGAUUACAUUCUAUAGAAAAUGGGCAAAAAUUGACCUUUCAGAAGAGAAAAAUGAUGAAACUCAACCUUCUGUUCUCCUUACAGUUCGAAGUCAUCGGCUUGAGAAGCUUCUGACUAGUGUGAUGCAAGCUCCGUCGCAGACGGUUGUAGGUGAGGAUGGUGUUACUCGUCCGAAUGACGCGUAUGAAGAGCUUCUUGCCCAAGAUAGCGCCCUUGCAUCUUGGGCGGAAUCAGCAGCUGCAGUUUGGGAAACGGUGCUAAGUGUUUUUGCAAGUCGGUCUACCACUGCUGUCAUGAUCUUGCAUUAUAAGUUGCAAUCGUUGAAGAAAGGAGGUGACACUAUGACAACCUAUCUCACGAAAGUUAAAGAAUUGUGUGAUUCUCUUGCAUCUUGUGGGAGUGAAAUUCCUCACGGGGUUCAUAUUGCCACCAUUUGA